AUGGAAGCGGGAUACAUGUACCUCGAUCGUGACUCUACAGGAUCCUCUGGACGACUCAUCGAGCGCAGCCAAACGGGUCCAGCUCGAAACAACGAAACGGAUCGAUCUAGGCGCAGCGGGUCGCAGCGUUUGUUGCCACAAAACACGGCGGCAGGUCAGGAAGUCGUUCUGGCACCAACUCGUCUCUUCCACGGGGCGAGUAGCACACAAGCAAGCUCUACGCGGUCCAAGAGCGUAUACAGCCAGGAUGAUACACGAGGAAGCUCAAUCCGGUCCAAGAGCUUAUACAGUCAAAAUGAUAAAAGUCAGGCGGAAGGUGUAGCUAGCGAUCUGAUCGACAGCGGAUACCAUCACCAGCGCAACGAGUCACUCCAUGUUCAGUGGACGCAGAACGAUGUCACACGAAUGGCCGGCGAAAUCUACGACGAGAGUAUCCCUGCUGUUUACUUGUCUCUGCUAGGAUUUUGGAUCUGCGAAAACAAUGCGAAUUACGAGAUGGCUAAAGCGCACAUUAGAGAGCUGUCGCUUGACCAGGCACAAGAGAAAAUUGCAGGUAAGGCAGCCCCGGUCGUUGAGUUCGAGCCCCACGCGGACGAAAACUCCUUCGAUGUAAUUUAUUUUGCUAAGCUGGAAGUUCUACCUUCGUCUCUGCGAAAGAAGCCGGAGAGCGCCGUUAAAGAAGACCAAACUGCAAGGCCGCUGCCGUCACCUAUUGGAAAGUACCCACCGAACAACACAGACGACGUCUUCGGUAUCACAGACAAAGACUUCAAUCGGCGCAGCGACCCCUUCGAUCUAAUGAACGCUCUUCUGGCACUUGAAGGCAAAGAGCCUGUCCCGGACGACGAGGACCUGGACUACCAUCAUGAUGGCUACGAACUAGCUUCCUCAGAUGCUUCAUCCAGGGUUGAACGUGAUACGCCAUACAACCCGCGGACCACCUCCCUCCAAGGUCCCAUCAGCAAGCCAUUGAUCCUCAACUCCGCGCCCACAGUCAAAGUCCCAAGGAGCCCGACGCGCUACGUCUAUAGUGCCGCGCCUCCGUCACCAGCACCAGCAGUAGCAGCUCCCGACCCACCCAAGCGAUCCCUCCGAGGUAAACCCAAACUCCGCCAGCUUACCUCGCGCUGGGCGCAAACCAUGCUCUUUGGCCGCAGACCUAACCUGUCCACAGGAGACUUCUACCGCCCAAACUUGUUCCCAGGUCCUGGUCGCGCACAGCAUGCGCUGAUCGAAGAAGACGGCGAGGACGACUCAUCACCCGCCCCCGCUAUCCUCUCAAGCCCAGCAAUGGCCCAAAUCCGCGCUGACUUUCCCAUUCCCCUCGUCUCCAACCCUGUCUCCACGCUGCCCAUGCUCGUCGCCGCAGCUACGUCACCGUCUACCAACCCCGUGGGGCUGGCUGAGCAGAUCAGGACUGUGCUAGAAGCAACCCGCGCCCGUGGCAACACGCUGGCGCUGGAAAACUGGAAAGGUAUGUCAUGUUUCGAACAAGCGUGGAGGCAGGGAAAUGAGGAUCUUUUGAUUUCGAUUUUUGGAAGUCAGGAUACGCAGUUGGAGCCUGAGGACGUGGCCAGUGUGGAGGCGGUGGCGAAGGAGUGUCGGGCGAAUGGGGAACACUGGGUCGUGGAGGUUUUGAUGGAGGAGGCGGACAUAUUUUAG